AUGGCGGAGAGAGAGCAAAAGGAACAGUCUGCCGCUGAUUCUGGAGUGAAUUGUGCCCUCCGAAACUGUAAGAUUUAUGCUUUUAUCACCAUUCUUGCAGUAAAUUCCAAACUUUGGGAAUUCAAAUUUGGCAGCGGCACUGAGAUUAGCGAUGAGUUGAAGGAAAAAGCGUUGAGGUUUGCAGACAAGUGUGGGCUGCUGUUGAUCGAGGCAUUGAAGGAGAGCGACGUCCCUCUUUUGCGAUCAGAGAAGUCGUCCGACCAUCAGAAGUGCACUUUCCUGCAGGACGUCGCCGAAUUCAAGUCGAGUCUGAUGCUAGUCGCGGGUCCCUAUCCCACCAAGGAGUCCUAUCAGAUGACCGUGGCCUCAGUCGGCCUCAUUUCGAUCCCCUCUUUCGUGGAAACGGUUCGAUUUCCCAUAUUACUGAUGGUGGAUAAUGUCCUUUUAGACCUUGAUAAUAUGCAAAAAGAUGUCAUCUUUUUACAGCUCCAACAACAUCCCGGGGACUGGAAGAAGUUGCAGCAGCUGAUUGUUUUGCCCGACCCCGGCUGGCUGAUUCAUUGGGACUUGACGGAAUUGAGUAAUCAGAUGGUUUUCCUCAUCAAAACGUUGAUUCAACUCUCUCCCCAGGCCCAAAUAUUCAUCUGCGAGAUCCCCGAACUGGGAUCUUUGGAUUAUUUGGAGAAGGUGAAGAAGUUCAAUGUGUUCCUGCAGAGUGGAAAGGAUCUCCCCAAGGUCUCCUCAGUGGACAUCAAGGGUUAUUUGCCCGAGGAUUUCGCCAACAACAAUGGGUCUUCGUAUCUGGCCAUCAAUCAUGCAGAAUACCUGAUCAAACAACUUGUAGAUGUGUUCUCUGGCACGGGAAUUGUCUGA